AUGCGGUUGAUAACUUUGUGUGUUGCGAUCAGCUUAGUUUCCACCAUCGCUGAUGCGUCUUCAAAAAAAAUCAUUUGCUAUUUCGGUUCCUGGUCAGUUUAUCGUCCAGGGAAUGGACAAUUCGAUAUUAACGGAAUUGAUCCAACUCUUUGCACUCAUUUAAUUUAUUCAUUCGUUGGCGUUGAAGGCAAUGACAUCAAAAUCCUAGACUCCUGGAGUGAUCUCCCAAGGAAUCUAGACGGUUUUGGAAAAUUUGUUAGCCUUCGAAAAAAAAAUCCAUCCCUUAAAAUUAUGAUUGCUGUUGGUGGAUGGAACGCUGGAUCGGUUCCAUUCUCUAAAAUGGCAAGUAAUCAAGCCCAACGAGAAGCUUUUGCUAAGAAUGCAGUUAAAUUUCUCGAACAAUAUCAGUUUGAUGGAUUAGAUAUCGAUUGGGAAUAUCCCGCUCAACGAGGUGGAGUUAAAGCAGAUGUGAAAAAUUUUGUGAAGCUAGCUGCUGCUUUAAAAAAAGCAUUUGCUCCACAUGGUUACAUUCUUAGUACUGCUGUAGCAGCACCAGAGUCUUCAGUAUCACAGUCUUAUGACAUAAUAGGGAUGAGUCAAUACUUUGAUUUCAUUAAUCUCAUGGAGUAUGAUUUUCAUGGCUACUGGGAUGGUCACACUGGAAUGAAUGCACCUCUUUUCGCUUCAUCGAGUGACUCUGGGAAUGAGUUAAAAUUAAAUAUUGAAGCUUCAGUAAAUUAUUGGGUAAAAAAUGGAGCUCCGAGAGAAAAGCUCAUUUUGGGUAUCCCAACAUAUGGAAAGAGCUUUACACUUUCAAAUCCUCGUAAUAAAGGUGUAGGUGCUCCAUCGAAUGUGAAAGGAACAGCUGGUCCUUAUACACGAGAACCUGGAAUACUUGGGUAUAAUGAAAUCUGUGAGAUAUUCAAAGCAGGGGGUUGGAAAAUUUAUCAGGACAAUGAAAGAGGCGUGCCUUAUGCGGUCAAAGGCAACCAGUGGGUUUCAUUCGAUGAUAUUCCUGCCAUUAAAGCCAAAGCUGAGUUCAUUAAACAAGAACGUUUAGGUGGAGCCAUGAUCUGGAGUAUCGAAACCGAUGAUUUCAAGGGUAUUUGUGGUGAAAAAUAUCCAAUAUUAAAAGCUUUAAACUCCGUUUUAGGUAGUGAAAUUUCUAAAAAUUCUAAUCUUCGAGUUUGGAAAAAAAAGCAAAAUAAAUUCACUACAAGUACACCAACUACGACUAGUUUUGUCGAGGAUCUUCCUGAGACUCUAAAAGAGUCAGAUCGUUCAUCAGGAAAUGGAGAAUGUACCUUUGUUGGUCAAUUUAUUAUUAAUCCAAGUAAUUGUGGAUUUUUUGUUUGUGAUCAUGAUGGUAUUGGAGGCUUUAGAAAAAUUCCAGGAGCCUGUCCUGCAGGUCUUUGUUUCAAUCCAACUUAUCAAAGGUGCGAUUGGAAAUAG